GGCCGUCAAAUGCAACCACGGCACGAAUGGCUUCCGCCCUGGUGCGUCGCCACAGGGUCAUAAUUUGCUACAAGCAUGAGAUAGCCAGACUCGUCUGAGCAUGAGAAUUGGAGCCAAGAAUCCUUCGACUGCCGGCGUAGCAUGAUGUCGUGAAAAGAUACAGAGAACCUCGCGAUCAUGGUCUCAGCUGCAUCCGUAUCUUCAAUUUUCUGGUCGUUUUUCCACAAUCGUUGUCAAGAUGAUCAUUCUACGACUCAUUGCGUUAGCCGCUGCUGUUGUUGCCCAAAACCCUCCCCAGGUCAACUUCAUGCUGAGCUGUGGUCUCUAUCCACAAGUUUGCAACAACAAGUGCUAUGCUGUUUUUCGAGGAGGUGCCCCGAGAACCGUCACUUGGAGUGGCUUGACACAGGCGCAAACUGCUGGACGACGCCGCAUUGCUGGCACAGAGCCUAAUCCUUGCUGCAAUGGAAGGAUCACGGCGCCACCGGUCUGCUCAAACACUGACGGCACCGAGACUACGUGUACAAGUCCUGACGAGUACCCGUAUGCUUCGACUGAUGAGUUUGGCAAUGGACCGGCUCCUAAUGGUCCAACAUUUAUCAGAUGCACUGGUAUUGAUGAAAAUGUAUAUGAGGGUAUGCAGGACUACAACAAUGGCAUACUUCGAGCUAGAGUUGCAGAUGGAGGGUGUGGACAGAUAAGAGGCUGUAGGAUCACGAUUGGCUUCCAGUUUGUUGGUAUCUACUCCGACGCGUGCAUUAAUGGGGCCAAUGCUGUGAACGAUGGCCACUAUUGGCAGUACAAUGGAGCCUACUCGUUGGUACCAAGAGAUGGAGAGGAGUCCCGCCUACCUCUGUAUCAGAGAGCAGAUCCGCCUCUAGAGUUGGCAAUUGCUCCAGAGAGACGUCGAGAGCUCGUGCUGGACAAUGGAGACCAUGUCAUCGUGGCUCCAGAGGCAGAUGGCGACCCAGAACGGGCAUGGAUUGGCGAAGUAUGGAUGAUGGGGGCCAAUGGCACUGCAACAGUCGUGCGGGAGCUCUUUGGAGAUGAGAAGAGCGAGCCGUUCAGACCCGGAAAUAUGACCUUGUGAAAGGUCUUGUCACUAGUGAAUUUCGGCCUCUAGCGAUGAGACAGAUACAUAGCCUGUGGAGGCUUCGAGCAUACGAAUGGCGUGCGAGUGAUGGAAAUAAUGCUCCACUCUAGGAUCUCACCCUUGCCUACGUUCUUUGAGCGCAGCCUCUCUGAGGACUCCAUCCUCUGUUGCUUGCGCCGCGGCUUGGUCUGCCUCGAUAUUAUCGCUCUCAUAAGCCAUCUCAUAGCACAUCAACUGGCUGUACGCAACCUGAAAUUCUGCACGCACAGUCUUGAUCUCAC